GUCUCGUCUCGCCAAAACAGACAAAAACACCAGUCAGAAAUUGCAAGCAAAGCCAAGAAAGGCACAAUCUCCCUCUAUCUUUCUCUCUACGUAACUGAAGCCAAUCAUCAAUCUCUCUUACGAAAGGCUGGAUUGAUACGCUUCAGGAUUGGGAUGCUUGGUCACACUGCGCUAUUUUGAAUUUUAUUAGGGGACUAAGAGAGGAGUUUCUUGGUCCCCAUCAAAUGAGCUACAGUUGUGUUAAGAAAUUGUGUAAAGGACUAUAAUGAGCUUAAAACUGAACAGCCCAUUUCUUGGGAUUCCGGUUAAUGGUCGAAACCGGACCCAUUCUCUGUGUUCGGGAAGAGGGCACUUAUCGAAAAGGGGUUUUGGGAAAUGUGUGUGUGUGAAAAAGUAUAGUGAUUGGGUUGCUCAAGCGAUUAGGUUCUCGCAUUUCUGUGGAAAGAAUGUGGAGUUAUUAAGGAAUGCUAUUGGAUUAAGAAAUGGGUUGAGGGUGGAAUGUGUGAAAGAGCCGUUUGUGCAAAGUAAGGCUCUUGUGAGGUCAUUGGCUCCUGUGUGGAAAGAAGGGUUGUUGAUAGUGAGAUGUUCGGUUUUUGGGGCUGUGAUAUCUGGGGUGUGUUUGUUGGUUUGGUAUGGGCAGAACAGAGCUAAGUGUUAUAUAGAGGCAAAGCUUUUGCCUUCUGUUUGUUCAGUGCUUAGUGAUUAUGUUCAGCGGGAAAUUGAUUUUGGUAAGGUUAGGAAUGUGUCGCCUUUAAGUGUUACUUUGGAGUCAUGCUCAAUUGGGCCUCAUGGCGAGGAAUUUUCUUGUGGGGAGGUGCCUACAAUGAAGCUUAAACUUCGUCCUUUUGCAAGUUUGAGGAGGGGGAAGAUUGUGAUUGAUGCUAUUUUGUCUCAUCCAAGUGUCAUGGUUGUGCAAAAGAAGGAUUAUACUUGGUUGGGGAUACCCUCAUCUGAAGGUGGUCUACAAAGGCACUUGUCCAAUGAAGAAGGGAUUGACUAUCGUACAAAAACAAGGAGGCUUGCGCGGGAGGAAUCAGCUGCUCGCUGGGACAUAGAAAGGGAUGAUGGUGCUAAGGAGGCUGCAGAGAAGGGUUAUACUGUUCCUGAAAGAGAUCCUGAUAUAGCUGGAUAUGAUGUUCCAAAGAAAGAUGCAACCCAUUCGACAGAUCUAACAAACUAUGAGUUUUUCCCAUUCAUGGAUGAUAAGAUGCAUUGGAAGGACCAUCAUUGCAUGGACACAGGUCUUGACUAUGAUAAGAGGCAUGCUCAUUUGGAGAAAUCUUUUGGUGUAAAAUUUCCUGGUUCAGGCCUUAAAUUAUGGUCUAGUGUGAUUAGAGGACCCAAAAAGCACAAAUUUAAGAAGAAGGCUAAUGGGAGUGAUAUCUCAGCAGCCAGCAUUAAUGCCAAAAGACGAAUCCUUGAGCGUAGUUCCACGGCAGCAGUUGCAUAUUUCCAGGGUUUAUACAGUGAAAAGUCUGAUGAGCCUUCUCAGUCAUCUGGUGGUUAUGAUGUUAUGAACCUUGACUCCCUUUUAGCUCAAAGUGGAGGUGAUUAUAGUCUGGACAUAUCUAUUGAUGCAAGUACUGGUGAUGAAGACUCAACAGCUAAAAGCCAGAAUAAAGACUCAGUAAACCAGCCACUGGCAGCGGGUCAAAAUGUUCACGGUCAUAUUGACAAGUUUAAUAUUAUACGUGAUACCUUUCUUGCGACUGUUGUUCAUCUCGUUGAAGUUCAAAAAGUCAUUGAAAAUUUUCCGUCCAUCAGAAAUCUAUCAGGAGAUGCUAAAACAAACAAUAUAAACGAUGUGGAUUUAGCAGUCGAUGCUGUAAAUAGACGAAUAGAUGCUAGAGACUCGGGCACUCAAAGCCACCAUGCAUCUCAAAGUUUAAGUUCUGUAAAGCUGGAGAGUGGUCCUGCAACAUACCUUCCAGUUCCUGGUUGGUCCUUGAGUUUGACAUCUGGCUUACCCUCUUUUUCAAGAAGGCUCAGCAAUCUGCUAUCUCAUCUCCUUGCUGGGCCAUUUCAAGAGAUUAAGUCAGGUGUCGGUCCUAAAGUUGAAGAUAUUGUUGCAGAACUUGUUGAUGGGGUAGAUGUCGUGCAGUCUGAAAGAAUUGAGAAAAUGCUUCCUGUUUCACUGGAUUCUGUACAUUUCAAAGGUGGAACACUGAUGCUGCUUGCAUAUGGUGACAGAGAACCUAGGGAAAUGGGAAAUGUUAAUGGACAUCUGAAGUUUCAAAAUCAUUAUGGUCGUGUGCAUGUUCAGUUGAGCGGCAACUGUAGGAUGUGGAGAUCUGAUGCAGUGUCUGAAGAUGGAGGCUGGUUGUCUGCAGAUGUUUUUGUUGAUGUUGUUGAGCAGACAUGGCAUGCCAAUUUAAAAAUCAUCAACCUCUUUGCUCCGCUUUUUGAAAGAAUUUUAGAAAUUCCAAUCGCAUGGUCCAAAGGGAGAGCCACUGGUGAGGUUCACAUGUGCAUGUCUAGAGGGGAAACAUUUCCUAAUCUUCACGGGCAACUUGAUGUUACAGGAUUGUCCUUUCAGAUAAAUGAUGCUCCAUCAUGGUUUUCUGAUAUUUCAGCAAGUUUAUGUUUCCGUGGCCAACGAAUAUUCUUGCAUAAUGCAAGUGGCUGGUUUGGCAAUGUUCCUUUAGAAGCUUCUGGAGAUUUUGGCAUUCAUCCAGAGGAAGGUGAAUUUCAUCUAAUGUGUCAGGUCCCUUGUGUCGAAGUAAAUGCUCUGAUGAAAACUUUUAAGAUGAGACCUUUAUUGUUCCCGUUAGCUGGUUCUGUAACUGCUGUAUUUAACUGUCAAGGUCCACUGGAUGCUCCUAUAUUUGUGGGAAGUGGAGUGGUUUCGAGGAAGAUAUCUCAUUCAUUUUCAGAUGUCCCUGCAUCUGUUGCACUGGAAGCAAUGUUAAAAAGCAAAGAGGCUGGUGCUGUGGCAGCCUUUGAUCGCAUUCCCUUUUCAUAUUUAUCAGCCAAUUUCACAUUUAACACUGAUAACUGUGUUGCUGACUUGUAUGGAAUUAGAGCUAGCCUUGUAGAUGGUGGUGAAAUUAGAGGAGCAGGGAAUGCAUGGAUUUGCCCAGAGGGUGAAGUGGAUGAUGCAGCAAUAGACGUUAAUUUUUCUGGAAACUUUUCCUCUGAUAAGAUUAUACAUCGAUAUAUUCCAGAGUACCUACAGUCGAUGCCUCUAAAAUUAGGGGACCUAACUGGAGAAACAAAACUUUCUGGAUCCCUCUUAAGACCGAGGUUUGACAUCAAGUGGAUUGCGCCAAAAGCUGAGGGGUCAUUUAGUGAUGCUCGGGGAGAUAUCAUGAUCUCACAUGAUUAUAUUACAAUUAAAUCUUCAUCUGUUGCUUUUGAGUUAGACACAAAAGUUCAAACGUCUUAUCCUGAUGAAUACUUCCCAGACAGAAAGGAGUUUGAUGGAAAUAAAAUUUUGCCAUUUACUGUUGAAGGAGUUGAGUUGGAUCUACGAAUGCGUGGUUUCGAGUUUUUCAGCUUGGUAUCUUUUUAUCCUUUUGAUUCUCCAAGACCCACACAUUUGAAAGCAACAGGAAAAAUCAAAUUUCAGGGAAAGGUGCUAAAACCUUCCAGUAUUGUUAAUGAGCAAGAUCUUGCUUCUGGGAGGGACAUGCAACAUGUGAAAGUAGAAGGGACUGCGCAAGGUACACAAAGUCUUGUUGGCGAGGUUUCGGUCACAGGUCUUAGGCUGAACCAGUUGAUGCUUGCACCUCAGUUGGCUGGACAGUUGAGCAUUUCACGUGAUCGAAUCAAGGUGGAUGCCAUGGGUAGGCCAGACGAAAGUCUUGCUGUGGAGGUUUUGGGCCCAUUACAACCUGGUUAUGAUGAGAGCUCACCAAACAGAAAGUUCUCGUCUUUUAACCUUCAGAAGGGACAACUAAAAGCUAACGUUUCUUUCCAACCUCAGCAUUCUGCUACUUUGGAGGUACGAAAUUUGCCGCUGGAUGAGUUGGAGUUGGCUUCUCUUCGUGGAACAAUACAAAGGGCAGAAAUUCAGCUCAAUCUUCAGAAAAGAAGGGGUCAUGGUGUGUUAUCCGUUCUUCAUCCAAAAUUUAGUGGUGUGCUUGGUGAAGCCCUAGAUGUGGCUGCUAGAUGGAGUGGCGAUGUUAUCACUCUCGAAAAAACUGUUUUGGAACAAAUCAAUAGCUGUUAUGAGCUUCAAGGUGAAUAUGUGUUGCCUGGCACUCGGGACAGAAACCUUGCUGGAAAGGAAAAUGGUGGCCUGUUCAAAAUGGCAAUGACUGGACAUCUAGGUAGUGUCAUAUCUUCUAUGGGAAGAUGGAGAAUGAGACUUGAAGUUCCUCGAGCUGAGGUUGCUGAGAUGCUUCCGCUAGCAAGGCUUCUUUCUCGAAGUACAGAUCCUGCUGUUCGAUCUAGAUCAAAGGAUCUUUUCAUGCAAAGUUUGCAGUCCGUAGGAUUGUAUCCAGAAUGUUCUCAGGACUUGCUUGAGGUAAUGCGAGGGCAUUAUACACCAUCAAAUGAAGUUAUUCUUGAAGACAUAAGUCUUCCAGGUUUAGCUGAACUUAAAGGCCACUGGCAUGGCUCUCUUGAUGCAAGUGGUGGAGGCAAUGGAGACACAAUGGCUGAGUUUGACUUUCAUGGGGAGGAUUGGGAGUGGGGCACCUACAAAACUCAGCGUGUUGUAGCAGUUGGUGCGUACAGCAACAAUGAUGGUUUGCGGCUUGAGAGGAUCUUUAUUCAAAAGGAUAAUGCCACAAUACAUGCCGAUGGAACUUUGUUAGGGCCCAAAACCAAUCUUCAUUUUGCUGUUCUGAAUUUUCCUGUUAGUCUAGUUCCGACGGUAGUUCAGGUCAUUGAAUCUUCAGCUGCUGACAUUGUUCAUUCUUUACGGCAACUGUUAGCCCCAAUUCGGGGUAUAUUACACAUGGAAGGAGAUCUUAGAGGAAGUCUUGCAAAACCAGAAUGUGACGUUCAAGUAAGGCUCUUGGAUGGUGCUAUCGGGGGCAUUGAUCUUGGACGAGCUGAAGUUGUUGCUUCCCUAACCUCGACCAGUCGUUUUCUAUUUAAUGCCAAGUUUGAACCAAUCAUCCAAAAUGGCCAUGUACACAUACAAGGAAGUGUUCCUAUUAAUUUUGUCCAAAAUACUUCAUUGGAGGAAGAAGAUCAAGAAACAGAUAAAAGUAGAGCAAAAUGGGUGCCUGGCUGGGAGAAGGAAAGGGAUAAAGGGUAUGCUGACGAAGCCAGGGAGAAGGUUUAUAGAGAGAGGGUUGAAGAUGGUAGGAAUAAUCAACUAGCUGAAAGUCUCAAAGUUUUGAACUGGAACUUUUUAGAUGUAGGAGAAGUUAGGGUUGAUGCUGAUAUCAAGGAUGGGGGAAUGAUGCUAUUGACAGCUUUAUCUCCUUAUGUCAACUGGCUUCAUGGCAAUGCUGACAUUAUGCUUCAGGUCAGAGGCACUGUUGAUCAACCUGUGCUUGAUGGAUUUGCGACAUUCCACAGGGCUUCUAUAUUAUCUCCAGUACUCCGAAAACCACUCACAAACUUUGGUGGUACUGUCCAUGUAAAAUCAAAUAGGCUAUGCAUCACUUCAUUGGAGAGCCGGGUAAGCAGAAGGGGUAAGCUGCUCAUAAAAGGCAAUCUGCCUCUCAGAACAAGUGAAGCAUCUCUUGGUGAUAAAAUUGAUUUGAAAUGUGAAGUUCUGGAAGUGCGGGCAAAAAAUAUACUGAGUGGUCAGGUUGACACCCAGAUGCAAAUAACUGGUUCGAUAUUACAACCAAACAUAUCAGGGAAUAUUAAAUUGAGCCACGGAGAAGCAUAUCUACCACAUGAUAGAGGUAGUGGAGCUUCUCCUUUCAAUAGGUUGUCAUCCAAUCAGUCCAGGCUUCCAGCUGGGGGUGUCAACCACGCAGUUGCAUCUAGAUAUGUUUCACGGUUUUUCAGUUCAGAACCUGCUGCUUCAAAGACCAAGUUCCCUCAACCUGCUGUUAAAUCAAAUAAAGUUGAAAAGGAUUUGGAGCAAGUAAACAUCAAACCAAAAAUAGAUAUACGCCUUAGUGAUUUGAAGCUUGUUUUAGGACCAGAGUUGAGGGUAGUUUAUCCUUUGAUUCUCAAUUUUGCUGUUAGUGGCGAGAUUGAGCUCAAUGGCUUGGCUCACCCCAAACGGAUAAAACCAAAAGGUGUUCUCACAUUUGAAAAUGGUGAUGUGAAUCUAGUUGCAACUCAAGUGAGGCUUAAGCGGGAGCAUUUAAAUAUAGCAAAAUUUGAGCCUGAGCAUGGACUAGAUCCCAUGUUAGACUUAGUUUUGGUUGGAUCGGAGUGGCAAUUUAAGAUUCAAAGCCGUGCCAGCAAUUGGCAGGACAAACUGGUGGUAACCUCAAGUUCUGUGGAACAAGAUGCCCUCUCACCAACUGAGGCUGCUAGAGUAUUUGAGAGUCAAUUGGCAGAGUCCAUAUUGGAGGGUGAUGGCCAGCUUGCAUUUAAAAAGCUUGCAACUGCAACACUUGAACAAUUGAUGCCAAGAUUAGAAGGGAAGGGAGAGUUUUUGCAUGCUAGAUGGAGGCUAGUCUACGCUCCACAGAUUCCUAGUUUACUUUCUGUUGAUCCUACAGUUGAUCCUCUAAAAUCUCUGGCAAAUAAUAUUUCAUGUGGUACGGAGGUCGAGGUCCAGCUUGGGAAACGUCUUCAGGCCUCCAUUGUAAGGCAGAUGAAGGACUCAGAAAUGGCUAUGCAAUGGACCUUGAUCUACCAGCUCACAAGCCGUUUGCGAGUGCUCCUACAAUCUGCUCCCUCCAAACGGCUCCUUUUUGAAUAUUCUGCUACAUCACAGGAUUGAUUCACUGUCAUAUUUUUUGCUUGCUGUUUUUCUUUGGAGCAGAUGAAUCGAUUCUCUGGAGUGCAGGGUUGUCAUUGGUGAAUGUUGUAGCAUAUAGAUUGUCGAUAUUGAAUAUAGCUGAUUGUAGUUGAAAAGAAAACCAAAUUGAAAUGAAGGUAGAUGCUAAAGUAGAUGUAGGAGUAUGCCGUUAUUCUUUGCUCAGAAAUGAAUGAGCUUGUUCAUAUGUUAAACAGUUAAUAGAAAAUCAAUGAAAACAAAUUUAGCCA